AUGGCGCCUCCUAUCGUUUCCGCGACGCUGCAGUCAGCGGCCCUCGCCGGGACUUCAAACCUGUUGGCCCAAGCGCUGACUGCUUACCGAUCCGAUAGCCAACUAGUCAUCGAUUGGGUGCCUGUUUUCCAGUUUGUCCUCAACGCCAUUGUGACUACGCCGCCAAACUUCAUGUGGCAAGAGUUUCUUGAAGAGAGCUUCCCAGCCUCCCAUGUCUCUCCCACUGAGGACGCCGUGGCCUCCGCCGCCGCCAACAAUGAGAAGGAGCUUGACCGUGAGGAGCGCGAGAACAAGCUCGUCGAGCCGAAGCUCAACAUCCGCAACACGCUGAUCAAGCUCCUUCUUGAUCAGACUGUCGGCUCUGCGCUCAACACCAUUGCCUUCAGCAUGUUCAUGGGCAGCAUCCAGACCGCCAUGUCCCGCCCGCAGCACUUGUCUUCGGCGCAGCACUCGGUCGCCUUUCUUCUUUCGCGCGGCGCCAUCAACUAUGGUAAAGUCGACUGGAAGACUGUCAUCGCAAGGGCGCGGGCCGACUUCUGGCCCCUUUACCUUGCGGGCUUGAAGCUCUGGCCCCUUAUCAGUUUUAUCAACUUUACAUUCAUCAAGAGUAUCGAAGGAAGGAACUUGGUCGGUGCACUGGCUGGUGUUGUUUGGGGUAUUUACGUGAGCUUGUUUGCGGCGCAGUGA